CUCGAAGCAGCCCAAUGUACAAGAUAGUGCAGCAAGGUUCCCAACGUGAAAGAGCCAUCACCUUCAGAGCACUAUGGAAACCUUCCACUCUUGCUGCAUGAUGGUGGCUAUAACUCUGUGGUUGCCCAUCGAACGCUACAGUAAUAGCGUGAAGCCCACGUGACUUGGCAGUGCAGAUUUCCUUCCAGCGCGUUCGCCUUCGUGCGUUUUAUCCGAUGUCCGUUCUAUAUUCGAAGAAAAGUUGGUGUGGAGGCAGAACGAACGCGGGCCACUUCACUUUGCAUCUAUCCGGUCCCAUGCACGGAUCUCUUGCAUCGCCCCGCCAUGGGUCUUCCUAUUAUCCCAUGCUGCUUCUCUUUUUCGUCGUAGCCACGUGGAUGCCAGCUGCGCACGCCAGUGUGUUUGCCGGGUUUGAGAUCGGGCGCGAGUUUUCGUUCCUCGGCAAGUUUUGCUUCACAUGGGACGCCAACUACAGCCACGUCGUGGGCGAGAUCACCGCGCACAUUCGGACCCCGGACGACGGCGUCAAGCUGGCCAUCUACGACGACGAGGACGCGUUUUGGGCGUUCAUUUCCACCGAUCCGAGCUGCGACUGCACCUGCAAACUCGCCGACGAACACACCAAGGCCGUGUUCGACGUCCCCCGCGCGUCGGACGCGUCCCAGACGUUCUCGCUCAACUACACGAUCCGCGAACACUUGCGGCCCCGGUUCUGGUACGUGGCGCUGGCCAAGUGCGUGCCUGGGGGCGACUCGUACGUCCCGACGCUGCAGUCGCUGACCCCGGCCAACUUUCAGCACUACUACUUUACCGCGUGGUACUCGAUCCACAUGGUGCAAGCCGUCACCCGAAGCGAAGUGCCCGUGUUCCAAGAAGGGCUCACGACCGUGUACACUGUGUCCGGCGUGUUGUCUGGCUUGCUCGUGUUGAUUCAGCUCCAGUCCAAACUCCGCCUCACACAAGAGUCGUUUCACCCAAUCGUCCAGCUCUUGACGGGGCUCGUGGUGCUCACGUUUCUCACAAAUUCGUCCCUCGGGCUUCACUUUUACGCGUUCGAACUCAACGGCAUCGGCGCGCCGCUCCCGCUUUGCCUCGCGCGCAUCUUUCAAGUCAUCAACCGCGUCGGCAUGCUUCUCCUGGCCAUGUUAAUCGCCAAGGGGUGGACGAUCAACGCGAUUGCUCUCCACGGCCGCACAUGGCUCACCACGGUCAUGCUCACGUAUAGCGUGCUGUACCUGAGUCUGGCCGUGUGGUACCUCGGCUACGUCGAUCCCGCGUCCACCUUAUACAUGUACGAUUCUGUGCCGGGGCUCGCGAUUUGCUCGCUACAGAUCAUCGUGUACGCGUGGUUUGUCCAGCACUUGGUGGCCACCCGCGCCAAGGAAGACGACAUCGCCAAGCGCAGCUUCUUUCUUCAGAUGGGCGUACUCUUCACAGUGUACAUUCUGUCGCUGCCAGUGAUUGUGACGGUGGCGUCGGUGCUGUCGCCGUGGGUGCGUGAAAAGAUUGUCGAGUCGGUGACAGUGUCGAUUGACCUUGCCACGCAAGCCGUGCUUGUGUAUGUGUUGUGGCCGACACGCGCGCCGCGAUACUUUGACCGAUUGUAUACUCUUGUGGGGUCGCAAGCCGAAAAGGCCACGCUCUGCGAUGCCACACUUCCGUCCAACCUAUUGUAAUCCGUGUUAAAUACUAGUGAUAUUAACGCCUCACGUCGUUUUGGGCUUGACUUGACACCUGUUGAGGGAGGAAUUAACAGU